GAAGCUUCUUCUCAACACACUUUCGUACUUUUGUACACCACAUUCAUUUAUUCGUUCUCUGCGUACUAGUCAUUCCUUCAUUUGCUAUUCUGUUGAUACAGAAUCUUCUAUUCCAUCAAACACCAAUUGAGGCCAGUCACUCUUGUGUUUCCCGUUCACUUUUCAACAAUCCUUCAGCUUGCAAAGCAGUCAGUCACCUUACAGAUAUCAGCACCAUCAGACUUGGAUACAUUUCAAAGUACAUAUUCUACAAUCAAACUCUUCAUUGACACUCACUCCGCCAUUAUGGUUUUCUCAACAUUGGCCCUCGUGGGCACAUUCGCCGCUUCGGCCACUGCAUACUCUGCAACUGCAAGAACUUUCGCUGUCAACCAUUUCUAUGGAACGGGACCUCUUCUCACCGCCCGUAUAGAUCCAAUCAUCAACCCAGGAACUGUUGGAUCACACGUUCAUACGAUUCAAGGAGGCAGUGCCUUUGGUAUGACUAUGGGGGAUACCACUGCUUUGGAUGAUUCUAACUGCACUUCCUCGCUUGUCAAGAAUGACAAGAGCAACUAUUGGACUCCUUCAUUAUAUUUUGUCGAUCCCAAAGAUGCAUCCAAUAUUACAGCCGUACCUAUGUUCUACAUGAACGUUUACUAUUUCUUUGAGCCCACUACCGACAAGAUUACCGCUUUCCAACCUGGUCAUCGAAUGGUAGUUGGAAACCCAGCUCUUCGUACGCCUCCAGCAGGAGGCGGAGCAUCUAUCGUCGAUUAUAAGCUCGGAACACCCCAACCAGUCCAAGUUACCUGCCCACGUAGCAAUUAUGAUGUUCCAUCUUACCCCGCAGACUCAGAUGGAUUACACGGAGUAGGAAUCCAGGACCCGCAAAACAAGGGAGCAGGUGUUGGAUUUCCAGAUCAAGAGUGUGAUGGAGUUGCUUCACCAAUGCGUCUCGAUGCUCACUUUCCUUCAUGUUACAACCCUGCUGCUGGAUUGACGGAUUAUAAGACAAACAUGGAUUGGCCUACAGAUGGAAAUUGUCCAGAGGGCUGGAUUCACACUCCUCAUAUUUUCUAUGAGGUUUAUUACAAUACUCCUCUCUUUGCAGAUCAAUGGACCCCGGGUCAAGGAAAACAACCUUUUGUUCUUGCUAAUGGAGACCCAACUGGUUAUUCAUUCCAUGCUGACUUUAUCUCGGGUUGGGAUGUAGAAACUCUCCAGCAAAUCAUCGAUAACUGCGACGCAGGUGAUAGCGGUAUGGAUAAAUGCCCAGGUCUCAUUGGUGGGCUCAAUGAUCCACAAACAUCCUGCACUAUCAAAUCACCAAUUAAUGAAAUUGUUUCCGGGUCUAUGUCUAUCUUGCCAGGUAGCAAUCCACUUGGAAAAUGGGGCGCUGGUGUUGCCAGUGUAGCUUCUUCCGUCGUCGCAUCUGCUACUUCUGGUAUUGUUUCUCAAGCUUCUUCAGUAGCUGUUGGUGCUUCUUCAGCUGUCUCUUCUGCUGUAGCUGGUGCUUCAUCAGUUGCUGCUUCCGUAUCAAAUGUUGCAUCAUCUGUAUUAGGGGAUGCUACAUCUGCAGCAAGUAUUUCCAUCCCAAGCAUCUCUCUACCUCUCUACCAAGCAACACCUUCAGACUCAGCCCAGCAUUCUCAAACCCAUACCCGCAACGGUGCGUCCACAAAGGUCGCAGCAGCAUCAUCAGCCGCUAGCGAGGUCGUAUCUUCCAGGGUCAUCACAUCCGGAGGUCAAGUAAUUACAUCCAUCGUCACCGUUCACGCUUCCACACUCAUCUACAAAACCGUUUCGGUCACAGCAGGUCAAGUUCUUCCUACCGGGUCUAGCGUCUCUUCCAGCACUCCAGCUGCUAUCUCCGGAUAUUCAUAUGCUGGUUGUUACGCAGAUCAAGAAUCAAAUCGCGCGCUUUCUGGCGUCACAUUUGCUGAUGUGGGAGUGGGUGCUGUUUCUAGCACAGCUUGCGUGGCUUAUUGUGAAGGAAAGGGAUAUAGUGUUGCGGGAACUGAAUAUGGAGGACAGUGUUUCUGUGGACAAAAUUUACCUAGUCAGACAUUGAAUGCUAGUGAGUGUGUCAUGGCUUGCGAGGGAGAUGCAAAUGAGAUUUGUGGUGGUUCGUUGGCGUUAAGUGUUUAUUCUAAAAGUGGCGCGAGUAAGAAGGAAAAGAGAAGUUCGAGACAUUUGCAUAGACAUGUGCAGAGGAAUUAGACUGGUGUCUAGCGAUCAUUAUCUCGGUUACAUUUGGAAUAUUCGGGAAGUGGAUGAAUCUGCAUCUUACAGGUGCCGGAGCUGGGUGGUAUGGAGGAAGCACAAACAAACAUAAACUUCGUUCUCGCAAGGCGA